UCCGGCCAAUGAGGAGGAGGAGGAGGAGCUUCUGCUGGUGCUGCUGCUUCUGCCUCGCGCGCCUUGGCCUCAAGCGCCCAUUCGCUGGGCUCCACUUCCCUUCCCUUCGGCGGGACGUCGCCGGCUGGUCCGCUUCCUUGGAGCAGGUUUCCUUAGUGCCAUGUUAAUGCUGCUUGCCUUUGGACUACUACUUCAGGAAAACGUGGCCAAGAUUAAAGAUGAAAACCUCACGGAUGGCAGCAGUAUUCCACAAGUGCAGUUCUAUAGCUAUGGGAACAUUAACUUGCCAGAAGAGCAUAUCCCCUACUUUUUCCAUAAUAACCAGCACCUUGCUGCAGCCUAUAAGCAGGAUCAUAAUUGCCCAUACAAAAAAUACCUGAAGAAAUCAAAAGCCUGUUGGGGUUAUGAAAAACCAUGCAAGCCAGAAAACAGGUUUGGAUAUCCAGUGUGCGAUUAUGCUGAGGCAGGAUGGGCAUCUACCAUCGAAGAAGCCCAGCGUGUGUUUUGGAAGCAGGCUGACUUUGGUUAUGUUAAAGAGAGGAUGGAUGAAGUCAAGACUUACUGCAAGCCUAAGGCAGUGGGAGAUUCUUCACUUCAGUGUUCCCGUUAUCUUCAGUAUUGCAGAGCCACUAAUCUAUAUAUUGAUUUAAGAAGCCCAAAGAGAACUCAUGAGAGAUUUAAUGAGGACUUCUUCAAGAAGGGUCAGAUUGGAGGUCAUUGUGAUAUGGACACUAAAAAUUUCCUUGCUGAAGGGCAAAGGAAAAGCCCUCUGCAGUCUUGGUUUGCUGAGCUGCAGACUUAUUCGGAAUUGAACUCCAGACCUAUGGAGGAUGGCAGCUGUGAUGUCGUUGUUGACAAACUAACAUAUUUCAUGAAGUUUGAUGCAGGUGUCAAUAUGUACCACCAUUUUUGUGACUUUGUUAACCUGUACAUUACUCAGCAUAUAAUCAACUCAUUUAGCACAGAUGUCAACAUUGUCAUGUGGGAUACAAGUGCCUAUGGAUAUGGAGACUUGUUCAGUGAAACAUGGAAGGCAUUUACGGACUAUGAAAUAGUGCACUUGAAAUCAUAUGAUUCAAAAAGAGUAUGCUUCAAAGAAGCAGUUUUUACAUUAUUGCCUCGAAUGAGGUACGGCUUAUUUUAUAACACACCAUUGAUCUCUGGCUGUCAUGGUACCGGAUUAUUUAGAGCCUUUUCCCAGCAUGUGUUACACAGAUUAAAUGUCACACAAGAAGGACCCAAGGAUGGGAAAAUCAGGGUUACUAUACUUGCCCGAAGUACAGAAUAUCGGAAGAUAUUGAACCAAAACGAGCUUGCCAACGCCUUGAAAACACUGUCAUUGUUUGAGGUCCAAAUAGUGAAUUAUAAAUACAAAGAGCUUGACUUUGUGGAGCAACUGAAGAUUACACACAAUUCGGAUAUAUUCAUAGGAAUGCAUGGAGCUGGUCUCACCCAUCUCCUCUUUCUGCCAGACUGGGCUGUCAUCUUCGAACUGUACAACUGUGAGGAUGAACGCUGCUAUUUGGAUCUAGCAAGGCUGCGAGGCGUCCAUUACAUCACCUGGGAAAAGAAGGACAAAGUCUUCCCCCAGGACGAGGGCCAUCAUCCAACACUAGGAAAGCACCCAAAGUUUACAAAUUACUCCUUCGGCGUGGAAGAAUUUGUCCACCUCGUACUUUUGGCAGCCGACCAUGUUUCAAAACACUCCAAGUGGCCUUUUAGAAGAAAACAUGAUGAAUUCUAAGUCACCUGCAUGGCUUUAUACAGUGUUUUAAACGUCACCUAUUUUGACAUACAAUCAUUAAUGGUUAACGUUUUUUUUCCCUGAAGGGAGAAGGGUAAAAGGUUAAAAGAAAUGGGAGUUACAUGUUAUAUCUCGCUCCAAGCCUUUUGUUUUUUGCAUUUCACUUUUCUAAGUGUCAAUUUCCCUUUGUACGUUUACUUGAGGAAUUUGCAUUAUGCAAGAUUUAUUUAUUAAGGUUACUAUUGUUUGCACUCUUUUCCCUCCUAUUUAUUCAUUGCAAGAAAAGGUAGUUUGAAGCUACAGAGUUAAAAGAUAAGCACAUCACAUUGAAUCCAUCCCUCAUCUACUUCCUGUCAAAAAUGUACAAGAGUUUCACAACUCUCAUUUUAUUUCAUUACAUGCAAGUUAUUGGACAACACUGCAGAAGAUGAUAGGAAAAGGAAUUUGUAAAUGUUUUCAAGAAUAUUGUAAAAUCAUUUAGGAAAUAAACCAAAGAAUGCAGUUAGACUUCAGUUUCUAGUAUUUCCAGCCAGGAAUACCAAUGGUGAAAAUUUAUGGGAGCUGAAGUUCAACUUGCACCCAAACUGACCAUAAAAUAAAGCAGAGAACCUAGAAAUUCCUCUCUAGACCCUCCAUCAUGAUCCCAUUGUGAGCUUCUUCCAGAAGUUGACCACAGAGGAUUUAGAGCAAUGUAUCUCAACCUUUUUCUGACCAGGGAUCACUUGAUCAGGGAUCACUUUGACCAUGGACCACUCUCCAACAUUAGUACCAAAAGUGUUAAAAUCAGUUUUUUGUUAACUUUAGAUUCAGUUUGGUUGUUUGGGCUGCUGAUUCCGAAAAUCAGCUCUAGUUUCUGAUACAGAACACAUGCCAUCCAAUACUCACCACCUGCGUGCUCACAGAAAACCAUAUUUGAUAGUCUAGAGCUGAUGUAGUAGUAGUAAUUUUGUGUGGGUAGUUAGCCUCUCCCCUCCCGACAUCCCCAUUUGCUCGGCACUAUAAGAGGGUUUCAUGAGACCAGUCGUUCUCAUUGCUGCGUGGUUUUGAGGCAACGGUGUAGUAGUGGUGAGGCUGUGGACCAUAUUUUUGUUCUUGCAAACCACUGGUAGUCCAUGGACCACAGAUUGGAAAGCAUUGAUAUAGAGUUUAAAGAGACAACACUUUUACCAAAUCCUUGAAUAAUCACAGAAUAAUAGAUUUGGAAAAAAUUACAAGGGCCAUCCAGUCAAACUGUUUACCAUACCAUGAUCAAAGCACUCCUGAUGGAUGGCCAGUCAAGCCAGCAAAUGCAGAGGGCUGAUUAUGUAUCCAACAUUAGAACUACUUUACAUAUGCAUGUAUAAGUGUAAAAAUUGUAGUUUUAAAAUCAACUCCAAAGAACUGGGUCAAUUUAUUUAUAGCUCAAUGAAAGGACUGUACCUUAAUUCACACACACACACACACACACAUCAAUCUCUCCUAAAGACAGGAAAAAGCAAAAGCUUAAUCUGCCUGUGUAGAACCUAGAAGAAGCACUGACUCUUUUUACUCUUGCUGCUGUGUGGCUGCUUCUGGUCUUUUCAAAUGCAUGGAAGAGAAAAUGGUGGUGGCGCAGCCGGUGUGUGUGUGUGUGUGUGUGUGGGGGGGUGUAUCUUGCUUCCUGAAGGGGUGCUGGCACCUACCUCUGCCACAGAAUGACCCUUGACUUACCCAUGGGUCAUAUUAAAAUCCCUGGUUUUUGGCCCAAAAUCUGCCCUUGAUUUAUACUUGAGGUCAACUUAUACAAGAGUAUAUACCAGUCCUAAGUUUGGCUAUUCCUGGUAUAUACGGUAUCUAGAGUAUUCCCAUUAAAAUAGAAGGGCAGGUUAGUCACAAUUCAUAAGCACUGUUCAUUUCAACAACACUUUAAAAUGCUUAACUUGAAAAAAUAAGGGUAAACCUGUAAUUUUUUUUCUGAAGAAGAAAACAAUCUCCAGAACAGAGAACAACUUUGAGAGUAAUUUGAAGUUGGGCAUAGCAGGAUUUUUAUAUGCAGGCCAUUAGUCAAAGCAAGAGUAUUUUCUGGAAUGGGGUUGAAUAGCUUUUAUUUUUUUGCUUUAAAAUAAAAUUGCUCAGUUGAGACAUGUCUUUUUUUAAAGUACAUUUAUCAUAAUGUGUACUCUGGACUUGGAAUAGCUCUCAGGUUUUUCAAGCAACUCUGAUUUACCAUACCUUCCAACUUUUUGUUUCUAUUGCUGUAGCCAUCUAUUUCAUAUUUGCAGUGAUUAUGUACUCAUUUAAUUAUUCAACAUGUCUGUGAUGUACUUGUGUGGCCCGAGGACAGAUCAUGUAGCAAAUGCUAUAAUUGCUUUCUUCUCACCAGUAAACUCCAAAUUCUAGAACUUU